AAUAUGCAAAUACGUCGUAAUUUUUACACGUUGUACCGACAAAUAAAUUUAUUAGUUAGUUAUGGAGGUCGACAGUAACAAAACGCGAUAAAAAUAAAAAAAUGCGAUAAGCAACCGGCAUUUUCAACGCGCGCGUCCGAACCAAGUUUUCCCCCGUUCUCAGCGCGAUCAAUACGCCUAGUAGGCCAUGGGGGCGGUUUGUGCGUUGAUCGUUCUUUCUUAUAUGUAGUAUUUUGUUUUUCGGUCGUCGUCUCAGAUGUGACAUCACUUUUUGGGAAUACAAUGCUGCAGUGUUAAUCUAGUGGAAAUAUGCCUUUAACGGACAUUUUCCGUCGCGCCUCUACAUACAUCCUCCGUACGGAGGAGGAAAUGUCCAAAGAUGAACCGUACGAAGAUAACGAGAUUCUCUUCUGCAAGAACAACGUGUGCGUUCAUCCUCCUGCUACAGCACGACAGGAAACAGACAUUUUGCACAAUCCUGGCUACUUAACAAUCACGACCAAAGUGUUCGUUGAUCAGUACACUGAAACUAAACGCCCCACCUUGUUUCUAACUUGGUUACCUAAUAGCAGUUUGUCGAAGUUCCCGGCUGGACUUCAGCAUAAUAUGAAUAAUUAUAAGCACAACAGCAUGGAGAGUUUGGCGUCGAAUGACUCCAGUAGUAGUUGCUACGAGAGACCGACGAAUAUUGAAUUAAAAAGCACUAAUCCCUUUUUGAACUACGACGAAAAAUUGGAUACGAGUGAUUCGAUCAGUUCGGAAGAAGGCGACAAACCAGGCACCAUCAUUAACAUCAAUGUAGACAUCUCGAACCCAGAAAUUGAGAUCAUAACAACACCGGAUUCGGUGAAAGACUUGCACGACGGAUUCGAGUUUUCUCGAUCUGAAUCUGUGACUUCAAACGACAGUCAUUUUCAUUGGGUUACAACACCUGAAUAUUUAGCACAAAGGCAUAACCUAACGUUUCCGGACAGCGCAAGUUCCUCACCAAUUUUGCCGAUGAAAAGAGGUGCACAUAUUUGUAGAAGAUUCAGUGUUGAUUUGAGUCAAAUGAGAUCUUUGAGAUUGUUUUUUAAUGACAACAGUUGUACGUGUGGACAGUUAGUCGUGGCGUCCAGGGAGAGUCAGUACAAAAUUUUACACUUUCAUCAUGGCGGCUUGGAUCAUUUGGCUCAAGUUCUACAUCAAUGGCACUCAUUGCUCCACAACAUCAAAUUGGCUAAAGGUUGCGAGGAAAACCUUCCUUACAGACAUUUUAUGGUGUGUAGACCUGAAGUUUCUGAUUUAGAACUUCACCCGGAAGAAGGACAAGUGCCUAAAUUGACAGAAGAUAUAUUUAGAAGCCUCUUCAAUGAUUGCGGACAACUAGAGGAUGAUUUAACGUUAAGAAAAUUGGUAUUUUUCUCUGGAAUGGAUAGGAAUAUCCGAAAAGAAGUUUGGCCUUUUUUGUUGCACGUUUAUCCUUAUCAGAGCACUUUUGAAGAGCGCAACCAAAUUGUGGAAGUCAGACGUCAGGAAUAUGAGGAGAUAACGAGACGCCGAUUGGACUUAAAUGAGAAUCAGCAGAAUCAGUUCAGACGGAAAGUACAAAGUGUUGUGGAAAAGGAUGUUGUUAGAACAGAUAGAGGAAAUCCUUUUUUCGCUGGCGAUAACAAUCCUAAUUUAGUCAUUAUGAAAAAUAUCUUGUUAAACUACGCAAUUUACAAUUCGGGAUUAGGAUACACACAGGGUAUGAGCGACUUGUUAGCGCCAGUCUUGUGCGAAUUGAAAGAUGAAGUGGCUGCCUUCUGGUGUUUCGUAGGGUUAAUGCAGAGGGCAGUUUUUGUUGCCACCCCCACAGAUAGAGAUAUGGACCGCUCCCUCAGAUAUCUGCGUGAACUUAUCCGCCUGAUGGUACCCAGAUUUUACGAGCAUUUGGAAAAACAUAAAGACGCCAUGGAGUUGCUGUUUUGUCACAGAUGGAUCUUGCUAUGUUUCAAGAGAGAAUUCACUGAAGGUGUUGCUUUGAGGAUGUGGGAGGCGUGCUGGGCUAAUUAUCUGACCGAUUAUUUCCAUUUAUUCUUGUGCCUCGCGAUUAUAUGCGUGUAUGCUGACGAUGUUAUUGCUCAAGAUUUGAGAGCCGAUGAGAUGUUACUGCACUUUAGUUCCUUAGCAAUGUAUAUGGAUGGGGUUGUUAUUGCGAGAAAAGCUCGUGGUUUAUUGCACCAGUUUCGACAACUUCGUGAAAUUCCUUGUACCUUGAGUGGACUGUGCACAAGAUGCGGUCCAGGAAUUUGGGAUAGUUCACACAGUCCACGUGUCUAUUGUGAAGGACACGACAAUCAAGGAUAUUGCAGCAAUUGCGUUAAAUAAAUCCAUGUAUGCAAAACUUGUUCGUUAUCUUGAUCCUAUACGUAAUAUGUUAAGUUGUGUAUGUUUGAAUCAAAAUAAUAAUAAUAAUUUUGUGAAAGUAUCUUUUGUUGUUUAUACAUAAAUGAAAACUUUAUCGUGUAUCCUGUUGAAAAUUUGAUAAUAAGUUCUUCGUGCACUCGAAGACAGAAUCUAUAGGUAGUUAUUAUUUUUGUAAAAGUGAAUUUCCAAAUGUACAUACAAAAUUGUAAUAUUAUCAUAUCAAUAUUCUCAACAUUUCGUACCUAUUUAUCUCACAAUCAGUAUUGUUAGUUGGCCAAUGCCAUAGAAAUAUCAUCAUCGACAUCAGAUUGUUAAAUAUUUAAAGUAUGUUUAGGAAUAAAUACGCUUCGAAUCAGAA